CCGAAUCAGCAGAGCUAGCGCACAGCGCAGCAGACUGCUACUCAUGCUCUCCGCGCGCGUCGUCACUCGUCAGUGCGCCGAUGGACGACGUCCGAGCGAAACGCUAUAAUCAGCGAUGACAACGACAGCAGCAGCAGCAGUUCCUCUACUCCUCCCAGUCUAAAUUGAAUAUUGUCUACAGUUCGGCCUUCAGCUGGAAAUUUGUCCCCAGCCGUCUUGGAAAAAUGCAGAUAAACUCAGGCUGACGUAUAUAGAAUACUGCACGCGAAGCGAUAAAAGCCAAUAGCUACCUGAUCAGGUGUUAUAACUAUUGCACACUGGCGGAGGAACUGGGAGGAGCGCGUAAUUCGGCUGUUGUAUAGUGUGUAUAUAGUGAAAGUCGUGCAGCUCUCGGCCCCGGAAUUCGACGCAAAGGCCGCGGAGUUUUUCCAUGCAAGGAUCGGGAGCAUCGUAAGGCAUGGAGGACUACAAAUUUCUUUUCAAAGUUGUACUCGUCGGCAACGCCGGCGUUGGCAAGACCUGCCUCGUACGCAGGUUCACGCAGGGUCUGUUCCCACCAGGUCAAGGAGCAACAAUUGGUGUAGAUUUUAUGAUAAAAACUGUUGAAGUUGAGAAUGAGAAAGUUAAGUUGCAAAUUUGGGAUACUGCAGGUCAAGAGAGAUUUCGGUCUAUAACUCAAAGUUACUAUCGUUCUGCUCAUGCGUUAAUACUUGUGUAUGAUAUCUCAUGCCAACCAACCUUUGACUGCUUGCCAGAUUGGCUUAGGGAAAUUGAGGAGUACGCGAGUAAUAAAGUUUUGAGGAUACUAGUGGGGAAUAAAAUAGACAGAGAAGACAGAGAAAUUCCUACUCAUGUUGGAGAAGAUUUUGCACAGCGGCAUGGCAUGUACUUUUUAGAAACAUCAGCAAAAGAAGCUGAGAAUGUUGAGAGAUUGUUUAUGGAGAUCGCAGCUGAAUUAAUGGAGCAAGCACGAUGCAAAGAAUUGCCUAGAUAUGAGCAGAAUGCAACAUCUAUAAACGGCAAAACUACGACCAUAGGUGAUUCUAGCAAUUGCGGCUGCAGUCGACUAUCCUAAUUAGUAAAUUUUCCAUUUUUUAACAAAGUUUAAGAUUAAGAAAUACAAAAGAAUGACGAAUAACUCAAAAUAUUCGUUUAUCAAACGAAAUUGUCAAUGUAUGAAUGCAUGUAUGAAUGGAGGAAAAGACUCGAAAAUCGUUCGUUUUGUGAUCAAUCAAUGCGUUGCGUUUGUGAGUUUUGUUGCUCUGCGUAUAAGAAAUCGUAUUGCUUACAAUUAUACAGCAUCUAAUUGAGGGAAGUUAUAUUUUAAGAUUGUUUUUUAAAUUCCAGUUAUUUUUUUAAAAAAGGUAUUUAUAUUACAUUUAGGGGAUUAUCUUUAGACAUCAGCGGUUUUUUAUUUACAAUUUUUGUAUUUAUGUAAAUGCACCUUCCUAAAAUGUUGAUUUUGUGAUGUUUUUUUAUUGGUACUCAAAAUAUAGUCAAUUAUAUAGGAUGUUAAAAGUUCAUUAUAAUUGAAAUUUUGAAUUUUAAAAUCUCUAAGCAUUGUGGGAAGCGACGAUCCGUUUUCCUCGGUAUUGCGUUACAUUUAAUAUCAAUUCACAACUUAGUUAGUGAAUUGUGUAGCUCUAAUUUAUUGAAAAUAGUCAAUUAAGUGUUUCUCAUUGUUUAAGAAUUAAAUUGCGUUCUAGGAUCACUCUAGUCCGUGCGAAGAUACAGUGGCAGAUGUUUUCUGCAAAUCGCUUGCAUUUUGGUGUUGGCUUUUAAAUUAAGUUGUUCAUACAUUUUUUAGUUUUUCUUAAUAAUUUAUUAAUUAUUACUGUUAAACAGUGAUAUAGUUUGUUCUGAUUCCAAAAACACUAUAAAUUCAAUGUGAUUAAUAUUAAUUUAAAAAGACAUUUCUUUUAUUAACAUCACAAAUUUUUACGCAUUUUUCAAGUAUUCACCACGUGUAUUAUUAUGUACAAAGAGGAAAGUUGUUUAGUUUUAAGUGUUUUAAUUAGGGAUAAUUAAGCUUCGGAUACUAUACUAUUACGUAUUAUUAAAAGAAAUAGUAUUUUCACCGUUUUAUAAAAUAUAGAAAGAAGUGAAAGAACUUUUCAUAUACAGACUAUAAAAACUAAACAUAUCAAUUCACUGCAAAAUACUUGUAAAUUCAUUUACUAUCAAUUAUCAACGAAUCCAGCGUAAUAGCGAUCUGUAAAAAUGUAUACCACUAAAUCUCAUCCAUUUAUCGAAAAACCUAUGGAAAUUUUCCGUUUUAAAAACAGCGCUUUUUUACAUUAGCUUUUUUAUCACUGUGACCCUUUUUAUUAUAAAAAAAAAAAAUGGCACCCAUGGCAUUAAGGAAUUUGUUAUAUGACAAGUGAAAGAAAUUGACGAAGCUGAAUUGAAGUUAGACAUUUCAAUCGAAAUCAAUAAUGCAAAUAAAAAUUACGUGAAACACAACA